AUGAGCCAGGACGAAAAAACAUUCCCGUGCGAUGAAGCAACACCAACAGCGAGUGCUCACCACAUCAAGACAAAAUCAGAAGAGCUAGACCUCGAAAAUGGCUCCAGUGAGCCUGACGCAAAACAGGAAGAGCCUCCCAGAGACCCAAACAUCGUUGAUUGGGAUGGCCCAGAUGACCCAGAAAAUCCAUUUAACUGGACAGUGAAGAAAAAGUUGGGCGCGACAAUGUCUAUUGCAUUGAUCACACUUCUCACGCCCUUGGGAUCAUCGAUGUUCGCGCCCGGCGUAUCACAACUCGUGAAAGACUUUUCAGUAACGAACGUCGAGUUAUCAUCAUUCGUGGUGUCGGUAUACCUUGUCGGAUACUGCUUCGGUCCCUUGCUCAUUGCGCCUCUAUCGGAGAUAUACGGCCGGCAAUAUUUGUAUCACGCGUGCAAUAUUCUCUACGUGAUAUGGACAGUUUGCUGCGCUGUUGCGCCUGAGAUCGGGAGUCUUGUUGUGUUCCGCUUCUUAGCUGGAUUCGCUGGUAGUUGUCCGCUGACUAUUGGAGCCGGGUCGAUUGCCGAUAUGUAUGUGCAAGAGAAAAGAGGCGGCGCAAUGGCUGUUUGGGCUAUCGGUCCUUUGAUAGGCCCCGUCAUUGGUCCAAUCGCCGGCGCAUACAUAGCACAAGCCAAGGGGUGGCGAUGGACGUUCUACAUUUUGGCAAUGGCUAGUGGUGCUGUUGCUAUCAGCUCUUUGUUCACCAUUAGCGAAUCUUAUGCGCCAACCCUUCUUGCCCGGAAGACGCAGAAACUAAGAAAACAAACCGGAAAUCUCAGCCUACGCUCUGCACUCGAAACCAACAUGACAACAAAAGAAUUGUUCUGGUUCUCUAUCAUCAGGCCCGCGAAGAUGCUGUUCCUCUCUCCCAUUGUGUUCCUUCUGUCCCUUUAUGUUGGUUUGGUAUACGGCUACCUGUACCUUUUGUUUACAACCAUCACCUCCGUCUUUGAACAAAACUAUGGAUUCAGUCAAGGAAGCGUUGGAUUGUCGUAUCUCGGUAUCGGCAUUGGCUCAAUAAUCGGACUGAUACUCUUAGGUGGAACCUCCGACAAACUGCUCACAUAUCUGUCUGCUAAAAAUGGCGGAGAGAAGAAGCCUGAGUACCGCCUUCCACCUAUGAUUCCUGGAUCGUUGUUCGUCCCAGCUUCAUUGUUCAUGUAUGGCUGGACGGCAUACUACCACACUCAUUGGAUCGUGCCUAUCAUUGGAACAUCAUUCCUUGGUAUAGGCAUGUUGAUCACCUUCAUGACUGUCACGACAUACCUGGUAGAUGUGUUCACGGUUUAUGCCGCUUCCGCGAUGGCAGCCAAUACUGUUUUUAGGUCUCUUGCUGGUGCACUGCUUCCACUUGCCGGUCCUAAAAUGUAUGCUGCCCUAGGACUGGGCUGGGGGAACUCACUCCUUGGGUUUAUUGCAUUAGCGUUUUGUGUUCUUCCAGUCAUUUUCUGGGUCUAUGGUGAACGUAUUCGAACCAGUCCAAGGUUCCAAGUGCGUAUUUGA